GGAAGCAAACUAUUGUUUUUAGCUCAACACGCACCCCAACAACCGACCCCAUGUCUCUGGCAGCUGCUUUCAACAGGUCAGUGUCUGUCAGAGGUCAGACCCUGAACGCUUUUAGGAAAACCCGCGUGCUGUUUAUAUCCAGCAACACAUCCGAAGCCGAGCGGGACAAGCCUCCAAAGAAAAGGUGGAGGAGAAGUCACAAGAGUAGCAUCUUGUCUGAUGAUAAGUCCUGGGAGGAGAGGCUGGCUGAUGUGGUCACCCCUCUGUGGAGGCUGAGCUAUGAGCAACAGCUCGAAGUCAAGCAGAAGCAGCAGGAGACGAUCAUGUCCCAGCUCCUAGGACAUCUUUCAUGUGACAGAAGUAAACCUCUCUUCCCUGUGCUGCCCAUCCUGCCGUCACCAGUCAGAGAGGGCUAUCGCAACAAGUCCACUUUUUCUAUUAACAGAGGAGUGGAUGGGAAUCCAAAGACGGUUGGAUUUUAUGUGGGCACAGGCAAGCAGAGAAACAUCGUCUGUGUCAGUGGAGACCAUUUGCUCAACAUGCCAGAGAAGCACAAACUGGUGGCCAGAUGUUACCAGGAGUUCAUCCGCUCGUCCCCGCUGGAGCCCUGCCUGCUCUUCCACACAGGGGGUCACUGGAGGGAAGUGACAGUGAGGACCAAUGCCCUGGGCCACACCAUGGCCAUAGUGUACUUUCAUCCACAAACGCUCACGCCAGAAGAAGUGGCUCUCCACAAGGCGGACCUUGUGGAGUUCUUCACACAGGGUCCCGGAUCAGUCUGCCAGCUGGACUCUCUGUACAUCCAGGAGUGCACCAUGACCCGCUGCACACACGAGGACUCCCCCUACCAGCUCCUGUAUGGACAGCCACACAUAUAUGAGGAGGUCCUGGGCUUCAAGUUUCGUAUCUCUGCUGAUGCCUUUUUCCAGGUGAACCAGUCAGCUGCUCAGGUGUUGUACGGCACAGUGAGAGACCUGUGUGUCCCGAACACUGAGCCCGGUGGAGUUGGCCGUACACUUCUGGACGUGUGCUGUGGCACAGGCGCCAUCGGCAUCACUGCAUCCCCCAAAGUGGACAGAAUCAUUGGCAUAGAGCUCAUUAAACAGGCGGUGGAAGAUGCUGCACACAACGCAGCUCUGAACAAAGUACUGAACUGUGAGUUUUUGUCUGGGAAGGCAGAGGUGGUGCUUCCAGGCCUCAUGUCCUGCUUGAGCUCUGCAAGCGGAAGUCUCACCGCUGUGGUUAAUCCUGCUCGAGCUGGCCUCCACUACAGAGUGAUCCGAGCUUUACGAAAUCAACCGACCAUUCGCCGGCUGGUCUACGUUUCGUGUAAACCAGAUGGGGAGGCCAUGAGGAACUUCAGGGAGCUUUGCUGUGAUCCUGACCCUAAGAAGAAACUGACCGGGGAGGCGUUUGCUCCAACCCUGGCAGUGCCGGUGGACAUGUUUCCACAUACUCCACAUUGUGAACUGGUGUUACUUUUUGAGAGAUAGGAUAAAAAAACUAAAAAAUACCUUCAUUAAUUGAAGCUGUCAAAGCAACCUUCAAAUGUUUUGACAGAAUAUCCCAGGUUCGAGGAUCCUUCUGUGGGGAGUUUGCAUGUUCUCCCUUUUGGUGCAUACAUUUUUCUGAGGUGCCCUGCUCUUCUCUUACAGUCCAAAAUCAUUCCUGAAAGUCAGACAGUAAUGGAAAAUCUUUGGUUAACAUGACCUGUGGUUCACAUAUUGCACCUUUGUUACUUAUCAGCUGAUGCUCAGCUGGCAAAGAUUCUCUAGUUUGUACAGGAAUCACUUCCUUUGAAGCAAUGCAACCACUGACUGGCCUUCUCUAAGCUGUCAUUCACAUUCUCAAUUCCUCUUUUGCUUUGCCUGCAUUUUCUCGAGUGCUCGGGAAGCCUACGAUUUUUAUGCAUUUGCUAUUUUUGUGCAGUAGGAGGCGCCAUUACAGCAUAAAACCAAAGUAGCCUUGAACAUCUGUAUCAUAAUGCAUGUGCUGGGUCAUGUCAGUCAUUUCAUUUUAGUAAGAUUCAUGACCUUUGAUCCAUACAGGUUCGUUCAUACAAGCUUACACAUGAGAGAAAACAGACAGAGGAUCCUUUAUCACUCGAGUGAUGAUUCUCACAUGGAAAAAUGUCAAUGUUCUGGGUUUUAUAAGAGAAGAAAUCUUGGUCAGAGUACUGUACUUCAAAACACGUGUUCACUUUGUGAGUUUGUACUUCUCACCUGAUGAAACAAAGAUAAAUAAUGGGGGGGGAUGUUCACUUUGCACUUAUUCAGCAAAUAUGGACUCUAACACAGUAAAAAUGUUCUGUCAGCUACUUCUAAAACU